AUGCCUUUCAUUCCCAUACUGAACCAAGACACCGCCGAGCUAUGGAAGCGCUUCAACGAGAAAAUCGAAGAGCCACGCAGCCAACGGCGCAUCAUUCUCUUCAUUGUCUGCGUGGCUCUCCUCCUCGACAACAUGCUCUACAUGGUCAUCGUGCCCAUCAUACCCGACUACCUGCGCAAAAUCGGCGCCUGGGACACCCACCUGGAGGGCGCAGAGAUAGAGUACCGCAAUGUGAGCAGCAAAAUGGUGCCCUUCCGCUUCGGCGGCACCGUCAUCUACGAGGGCGAAGACUCGGCAGUGGGCAUGCUCUUCGCCUCGAAGGCCAUCGUCCAGCUUUUCAUCAAUCCCUUCUCGGGGGCGAUCAUCGACCGCAUCGGCUAUGACAUUCCCAUGAUGAUCGGCCUCUGCGUCAUGUUCUUCUCCACGGCGGUUUUCGCCUGCGGCCAGAGCUACGGUGUCCUCUUCCUGGCCCGGUCGCUGCAGGGCGUCGGCUCGGCCUUUGCCGACACUGCGGGCAUGGCCAUGAUCGCCGACCGCUUCACCGAGGAGAACGAGCGCCAGAAGGCACUUGCCAUGGCCAUCGCCUUCAUCUCCUUCGGCAGCCUGGUGGCGCCUCCCUUCGGCGGCAUCCUCUACCAGAUCGCAGGCAAGGAGGUGCCCUUCAUCAUUCUCUCGCUGGUCUGCCUCAUCGACGCCAUGCUCCUCAAGCUGGUGAUGCAGCCGACCAAGGAGCGGCAGGAUGAGUGCUCGGUAGAGAAGCCAGCAGGCACGCCCAUUCACACCCUCCUGAUGGACCCGCAUAUAGCGUGCGUCGCCGGCGCACUGGUCAUUGCCAACGUCUCGCUGGCCUUCCUCGAGCCGACCAUCUCGCUGUGGAUGGAGGACAACAUGCACGUGGAGGAGUGGCAGAUGGGCCUCAUCUGGCUGCCUGCCUUCUUUCCCCACGUGUUGGGCGUCUACUCCACAGUGGCUCUCUGCGACAAGUACCCUCGCUACCAGUGGUUCUUCGCCGCGGCCGGCCUCGCCAUCGAGGGUGUCUGCAGUCUCAUCCUCCCCUUUGCCACCUCCUUCUGGUUUCUCAUUCUGCCCAUCUCGGGCAUCUGCUACGGCAUCGCCCUCGUCGACACCUCCCUUCUGCCCACGCUGGGCUACCUGGUCGACCUGCGCUACGUCUCAGUGUACGGCUCCAUCUACGCCAUCGCCGACAUCUCCUACUCGCUGGCGUACGCCGUCGGACCGGUCAUCGCCGGCUCCAUCGUCGAGUCCAUUGGCUUCACUGCGCUGAACCUCUUCAUUGCCCUUGUCAAUCUGCUGUACGUGCCAGUGCUCGCCGGACUGCGCCGUGUCUACGACUACGAGCAGUUCGAGGCAGAGCAGAUUGGCAUGACGGAGCAGACCAAUGGCACCUCAGCAGGGGGCUCCUUCAUUCAGCGAAUGGCUGGCCAUCAACAACAACACCAGCAACAGCAGCAGCAGAAGAUGGCUGCACUGGGCUACACAUCGACGUCUGCAGAGCAGACUCACCUGCAGGGCAAUACGACCGGCGGCUAUGACCAAAGCGGCUACGCCGCCACUGACGGAGCCUACCAGGCGCCGGUCGUGCCCAGUUCAAAGUACAAUCCGUUCAGUGCUGCUGAACAGGCGAACACCUAUGGGCAGCAGAGUCACCCGUCGUAUCAAUAG